UUUUUGUCCAUAGAUAAUCUAGAGCUCAUAAGGGAACUUUUUAAAUGUAAAAACGCAAUGCGACAUAGGACGUUCCGUUCUACGGAGAGGGAACCAUGCGCAAAGCAUUCGGGUAGUCGCAGCGACCGCCGGAGGCCGUGUCGCUGGAGCUUUACUCUCGCGCGAGCGUAUUUAAAAAAAUUCGACGCGAUGUGAUUCGAAAUUCGGACCGCGCGAUUGUGCUUGGAAUUUAAAAAAUAAAAUUCUGAAGUGACGUGAGUGGAUUUGAAGUUUUUGAAAUUGGAAUUAAGUGUUUGAGAAGUGUCGGAGAUUUGAGUGUUUUGUUCUGUUCUAGACCGGAUUUCUUGUUGGCAUCUGAAGUGUUUUGUUUGCUGAAAUUGGAUAUAGUGCGGCAAAGUGAGGUAUCGACUGGGUUUCAAGGAAUGGACAAUAAAUAGGGUGUAACGCAGUGAUGCAAGAUCGAGGAUAUCCCUGACGGCGACAUGGCGAAUUGUUGCAUAUUAGUGCUGACCAUACUGUGUGCCUCACUGAUAUCAGGAGGCAGCACGCACAGACACGGCCACGAUAUCUCAACAGAGGACCCGGACCUCAGCGAGCAUGACAACUCUACACACCAUGGCAAGGACCGCGGAGGCUGGUCGCAAUGGAGCGAAUGGUCGCUCUGCUCGCGAACGUGCGACGGCGGCGUGUCGCGACAGCUGCGAACAUGUUCGUCGCCGGUCGGCUGUCGCGGCGAGCCAGUGCGGUACAAGAUUUGCAAUAUGCAGCCUUGCCGCGGCAACGUCUCCCUGCUAGAAGAGGACAUAUGGCGGGAGCAGCAAUGCGCAGCACACGACGGCACCGCUUACGGCGGCGAGCUGUUUCAUUGGCGCGCGCAUCGAGAUGACGCCGAACCGUGCGCCCUUACCUGCCGCGGGGAGCCGCAACACGCGUUACAGACUGAACCGAGUGCGUCCCUUGACGAGGAUGACCGCGUCGUUGUGGCAGUCCUGGCGGCACGAGUGUCCGACGGUACGAGGUGUCGGCCCGGCAGCUUGGAUAUGUGCAUCGACGGACGUUGCCAGCGCGUCGGCUGCGACCUGCGCGUGGGCAGCACGCGACGCGUCGACGAGUGCGGCGUCUGCGGCGGCGACGGAUCCUCCUGCUCAAGGCCACGGUACCACUGGCUCGCUACCCCGGGAUCCCUGUGCUCUGCGACGUGUGGUGGAGGCUACAAGAUGUCGCUAGCAGUCUGCCGCGAUCGGUUAACGGGGUCAGAUGCGCCUGAGCAGCUGUGUGACGCGUCAAGCAAGCCUCAGGCGUCCAUCGUUCCGUGUAACACCCAUCCGUGCCCGUUCAAGUGGUACGUUGGGGAAUGGUCAGCAUGCAGCGUGACCUGCGGCGGCGGUGUGCGCUCGCGUCGCGUCCUGUGCGCACGCUCUGCCAACAUGACUAGAGCGGACACCUAUGAACCAGGUUCGAGUCCAGACCCUGGUUGCGUGUCGCCAGCGCCUCGUUCAAGCCAGCCUUGCAACACUGAGGACUGUCCUGUCUGGGUUGAAGGACCAUGGUCAGGGUGCUCAGUAUCCUGCGGCGAAGGCAUCCAGGUUCGAGGUGUCGAGUGCACGCCAUCUGGCGGCGGCUGCGACCCCUCAGCCAGGCCGGAGAUCUCAAGGCCAUGCUCCACUGGUAUCAGUUGCAGAGAGGAAGAGCCUGAGGACGAUAUCGAAGAACUCCUCCCAGGCGUAGUGUACCACACACAACCCCUCAUACAACCAUACCCGCCGCCUCAAGCGAAGGCCGAGCGCCUCAUUGGAGAUCCCGACGUGCCGGUCGAAGCCACCUACAUCAAAGACGACGAAUGGGGACCGUGCAGUGUCUCAUGUGGAGAAGGUUGGAGAAAAAAAGAAGUACAUUGCAAGAUAUUCCUGGAGUUCAGUAGGACUAUAGCAAAAUUACCGGACAGCAAAUGCAUGGGACCGAAGCCAACGGAGGAAACUGAGAGAUGCGUGAUGGAACCUUGUUCGUUGGCUUAUGGGACUUCCUUUGGGGAUUCAAGCGUGCCUGCGUAUGGUGGAUCUGACAGGUCACUGACCUACGGUACGUCGAGCAACAUCAGGGUGGCACCAGGGUCACCCGGCAAGUCCUACUCUUGGAAGGAGAAGGGGUAUACCAGCUGCAGUGCGUCCUGUCUGAGUGGCGUUCAGGAGCUGAUAAUCCAGUGCGUGAGAGAUGAGGAUGGGAAGAAUGCUUCGCCUUACAUGUGUGACCCGCUAACAAAGCCUGAGAACAGAGUGAGGACUUGCAACGACCACCCGUGUCCACCAAGAUGGAACUACACUGAGUUCUCCCAGUGUACAAAAUCAUGCGGUAUCGGUAUACAGACGAGAGAAGUUUCGUGUAUUCACGAGGUGACCCGCGGAGGCACGAACACCGUAGUCGUACCAAACAGCAUGUGCCCUCAACCGCCUCCGCCAGACCGCCAGUACUGCAAUGUCCUGGACUGCCCCGUCCGCUGGCAUACUGGAGAAUGGUCGAAGUGCUCCAAAACUUGUGGAGGGGGGAUAAAGACGAGAGAUGUGGAAUGCAAGCAAAUAAUGGCCCAGUCCCACGUGGUGGAGCGGCCCGUGUCUUUCUGCAACUCUCCCAAGCCCGCACCCACUAAGUCCUGCAACAGCAGACCCUGUCUUUUGGACACAUCAGCGCCAGAAAUCCAGCUGGACAACUCUUCAUACAUACAACAUGAUCCGAAGAAAAAGAAGGUGACGGUGAAAGUGGGGGGUUCAGCCACCGUGUUCUACGGGACGCAGGUGAAGAUCAAGUGCCCCGUCAAAGGCUACAAUCGCACCAAGAUCCAGUGGGCUAAGGAUCACCAGAUCAUCACCAAAUCGAAGAAGUACAAGAUAUCGAAAAAGGGCGCUCUUCGCAUAAACUCCCUGUCGCUCCGAGAUCACGGCAUCUACACGUGCGUUGCUGGCCGCUCCAGCGCCAACCUGACGUUGCUGGUCAAGCCCCGGCCGGGCGAGUUCCCGUCCAGCGAGGAGAUCGAGCGGCAUAAGGCGCUGGAUGAACCGUCAUCGCCAUUAGCUGACAGCAGAACCGAUGGCCGCUACCGGGCCAUGGUGGGGGGCAGAUCGGACGACCAAUCCCACGAGCAACGGCCCGGCGACACUCGGAAAAGCUACAAAGGGAAACAGAAGGGUAAAAUAGACAAAAUCCGAGACGCCCUCCACAAUCCGAUGACAACAAAGGCGUCUCCUACCUACAACUCACAGGCCAGAGACAUUUACGACGAGAACGAGGAGAGCGCCGUCUCCUCUCAGAUGCUCCCCCCCAAGCCGAGCAGCGGCUCGCGGCUGCUGCCAUGCUUCCACUUCCUGGUCAUGCAGAUCCAGAUGUUUUGGAAUUUCCAGGGCUUCGGGAACUCGAGAGGACAACGGAUGGUAGACCCGCUAAUCAUGUACCAAAACUACGGCACCCCUAUCAAGGCACACAUCAUAAAUUUGGAAGACAAACAAAUCGUUUUCCCUGAAGAUGAUGAUUCUGACAUUAUUAUUGUUAACGAAGAUUAUGGUAAAAAUACCAUUGAUGAAGUUAGGGUCCAGAAUUUGAAAGAAGAUGACGAAACGACUACGGAAAUCAGACGAGUGGAAGCCGUGGAUGCCAAAGAGUACGCGUGGAUGACGACAGACUGGUCCCCGUGCAAUGCUCCUUGUGGACAAACGGGCCACCAGGUUAGAGGAGCUGUUUGCCAGCACAAGAAAGAGAACUCGACGACAACUGUAGAGACAGACGAAUGUCUCUCGCGCGGCUUGACGCCUCCUUCCGUGCUGAUCGCUUGCUCGAGUGGCGCGUGCGCCUCGUGGAGAUCGUCGCCGUGGUCGGCAGUUCGCUGUCUCGCCAGCGGCGCUGCCAUCGUCCGCCGCCGGGUGGAAUGCGUCAGUUCCAACGGCACCGUGCUGGCUCCAGAGGCCUGUGACAUUGGCACGCAGCCGGAGAAGACUAGGCGGGAACCACAGCCUUGCAAGGCGACUUGGGCUGUCGGGCCUUGGAGUAAGUGCAUAGGCCCUUGCAACACUCCAGGCCGUCAGCACCGCGUGUUGCGCUGCGUCUGGCGUCACAACCAAAAACAGAAGCGACGCAAGGAACGCAGCGCGGGCGCAGCUUGCGAGUUCCUCAGGCGGCCUAGCGUCAUACGGCAGUGCGACGUUGCAUGCCCGCGAGAUGGCGUCUGUCGCGACACGUCGCGCUUCUGCGAGAACGUCCGUGCCAUGAACAUGUGCGCCCUCCAGCGCUACAAGAUGCAAUGCUGCAAGACCUGUAAUUAUUAACAUAUUAGUUAAAAUACGCUACACAUUUUAACAAGUACGCUGUCAGUUCGCUGACUAAUUCUAUCAGUUUGCUGACUGUAAACUUAUCGAAUGGAAGUAUUCUUUUCAAACGUUUAUGAACAUGUGCGCCCUCCAGCGCUACAAACAACAGUGCUGCAAGACCUGUAAACUAUUAGUUCAAGUACACCGAAUAAUAUCAUUCGCUGACUAAUUCUAUCAGUUUGCUGAUUGGCAUCAUUUAGCGCGACUGUGCUAAACGAUUUAUAACGAUUACUUCAAGUAUACUAAACAAGUUAAUAAGUACGCUGUCAGUUCGCUGACUAAUUCUACCAGUUUGCUGAUUUAUUUCAGCUAAGACUUAUAACGAUACUAUGACGCCGGUUUCAAAAUUUAAAAAGAUCGCAAAUAUGGUCAUGCUAUUUACCAUUUUAUUGAGGCUAUGAUUUAAAAUAAGAAUUGAAAUGUAAUUAAUGUGGAAUUGAAGCAGGAAUACGUUUUUAAAGACAUAUUAAUGUGAGACGACUUUCAUUGUACCUAUUAAAAAAACUAAGAAUGUAAUACUUCAGUGCGAUUAUAUCAAUUCAACAGAUCUGAGCCUCUACCAUCAGUUGGCAGAGUAUUUUUCACUUACACUCGGUGAAUAAACGUGCCGUGAGUCACGUUUUACGUUUCUUUACGGUCUUAUGUACCUAACUUCACUCCACUCCAAACGAUACUGUCCCUUUCUAACUAUACUAAAAAACAGAGCAAGAGUUACGAGUAUAUCAGAGCUUUAUACAGCGCCUCUAGGAGUCACCUAAUGAACUAAAUAACAAAAUUGACACAUUUUCUCACGUCUACGUAAUUUACUAUCUAUGCAUUUCGCUCUCGCAUAUUAGUGCAAGUGAGAUGCACAGAAAGUAAUGUUACAUAUACUGAUGUAGCCGUGAAUAUGGAGGGUAGAGGUAAGGAGAAUCCUUUAUGACUUUAUGAGAAAACUCCUUUAUGGGAGAAUAUUUGCAAAAACUGGGCACGCUGUCAGCUAUUAUAAUUUUUCUAAAUCUCUCCAGAGUAGCGAAAAAAAGAAAACCCAUAAACCUAGUUUUUCAUUGUAUCAAUACCGUACUAAAAAUCAUGGAGAAUGGAAGAUACUCGUAUUUACAAGUGGAAAAACGUUUUCCCUUUUUGUAUGGACGAUUACGUAGUAUACUUCCCUCUUAAGGUUUUUGACGGACACUUUUUCAUUAUUAAUUACAAGGAGAUUGUAUUUCUUACCUCUACCAUCCACUAAGAGCAUUUAGAAGGGAGAUGUCAUCGCUGUCAUUUUCUUUACAAAAUAGUCUGCCGAUUUUUACGGGG